CCUUGACUGAGGCAGUUAUUCCUUUUCUUUGUUUCCCUUCUGUGAGUUCUUUUCCUCUUGCAUCUCCAACUUCAAUACUCAGUAUACUGUCGCCUUCUCACCUUCAUCUACUUUUUCUUCAUAUUCACCCAACUCAUCUAUGACCUUAUUAUUCCAGCUUCUAUAGUUCUUAUUUCAUUCCCCCAUCAAUAUAGUAAUGGCAUCCCAUGCUUUCUCCUCUUCAUGUUAUUCAAGCUCCCCUUGGACACAGAAGCAAAACAAACUAUUUGAAGAAGCCCUGGCUCUGUACGACAAGAACACUCCUGACCGCUGGGCAAAUAUAGCCAAGGCUGUGGGUGGGAAAUCUGCUGAGGAAGUAAAGAGACACUAUGAGAUCCUGGAACAGGAUGUCAUGCAUAUAGAAAACGGCCAAGUCCCUCUACCCAUUUACAGGUCAACUGGAAGUAGCAGCGGAGGAAGUGUUGAUGAACAAAGGCACUUGCUGAAGAAUCUAAAGCUCCGUUGAAGCAAAAGACUCAGUUAUACGACAAAUAUACAUCAGCUCGAGCAUAUGCUAAAAAGAAGAUGCAGACGCAUGUAUUAGAAAGAGAAAAAAAGAAAAAGGUGAAUAAGAAUAAUAAAUAUAGGCUCAAACUAAUGAAGCAAGCAAGAUGAUGCAGUUAUCUGUGUCCAUGUAUCUCAAUUUGUCGCUACUGCAAUGAAUUCGCAAAUUAAAUAA